AUGCUUGUCCUUGGGUAUUACUACUCUGCCAGGCCAACUACCUUCACCCUUCCUGUUUCCUUGUCUCCUUCCUCCGUUAUGUGCUCUCACGUUAGCCCAAACAACGCGAACGUCCAUGCUGCAGCCAUGCCGGAUGAGCGCAUCCUGCUUGUGACUGGCAUUCCCUCAAAGCAGUGCACCAGUGAGUACCUUUACUCCCUCUUUGGGGCCUACGGGGGCAUUCAGCAAAUCCGCAUUGGGUCAUCCUUCAUAACAAAGGGGUGCGCUAUUGUUGUGUACGAGCAGUGUGAGGCCGCGAAUAAUGCAGUGGGCGCGCUCAACGAGUACGCUCUGAGCAAGGACCGCAUCCUGAGAGUUUCUGUAUACGAAGAAGAGCGAGAUAAAAAGGCCCUCGAGCGACGGAAGCGGAAGCGAGAGAUGCAGGCGGAGUACAAGAGGCACAUUACCAACGUCGCACAAGCCGCCGAUGAGCCGGAUAGAUGA